GAGGUGAAAAUUUCCAGAUGCUGUAGAAGGACCCUUUACUUGGUCAGUCUUCUCAAGAAGCUCUGGAGCCUUUUGAUGGUUCGUGACCGGAAGUUCUCUGUUCAACGAAGGUCAAUCUGCGAGGGAGGGAGCGCAGGAAGAAGAGAGAGGUCAGUCGAGUCGAACGUGUGCCUUGAGAUUGUGAUUUGUACUCGCCGUCGUGUGUCGGUCUUGUAAGUCCCAUGUUCAGUUCGCUCUCCAGAACCCUACUUCGCCGCCCCCUGUUCUUGCCCACCACCACUCUCAGAUUGAUCUCCACCACCGCCUCCGCCUCGAACCGACCCUCUUUCGCAGUCUCUUACCUCGUCAAUUCAUGUGGGUUGUCCCCGGAAUCGGCGUUGUUCGUUUCCGAGCGCGUCAACUUCGAAACCUCGGCCAGGCCCGACGCGGUCGUUGACGUCUUCAAGAACCAUGGCUUCUCUCAAUCCCAGAUUUCGGGCAUCUUUAGGAAGUGGCCUCGGCUGAUAGUGGCGAGUCCUGAGAAGACCCUCUUGCCCAAAUUGAAGUAUCUGCGCUCUGUCGGCUUUUCCGGCCCUGAUCUGGCGAAAUUGAUCACUGUUGUUCCCUACAUAUUGACUAGGAGCUUAGAGAAGCACAUCAUCCCCACUUUCGGUAGGCUUCGGGACUUUCUUCGGUCCGAUAAGAGUGCGGUUGAAGCUAUUAGAGGCAGUCCGAGAAUAUUGUCACAAGGUUUCGAUGCCACAGUUGAUGCUUUCGUCAAGACUUUGAGAGAUAAUGGAGUGCGUGAAUCAAGCAUUGUGUAUUUAGUUAAGUGUCAGUCGAGGAUGAUGAUAAAGUGGUACGAUCGCCUCGAGGAAAUUGUGGAGAAAACCAAGGGGAUGGGCUUUGAUGAUCCUUCUGCGGCAAAGUUUGCUGUGGCUAUGUUAGCGGUCCUGGCAAUGAGCGAAUCGACUUGGGAGAGGAAAUUCGAUGCUUAUAGCAGGUGGGGUUGGUCUAGAGAUGAUGCCAUGAGUGCUUUUGUGAAGAGUCCUUGGUGCAUGACAUUGUCCGAGGAAAAAAUAAUGGCAGUGAUGGGAUUCUUUGUCAAGGAAAUGGGGUUUGAAUCUUCAUUUCUUCUGCGACAUCCUCGGUUGAUGUCGCUGAGCUUAAAAAAACGGAUUCGUCCUCGAUGUUUGGUUUUUAAACAUCUGUCGUCACAUGGUUUGAUGAAGACGAAGAUUGGUUUGACUACCCUGUUGACGAUUUCGGAAGAAGGUUUCCUGGAGAAGUUUGUGGCCCCUCAUAUCGGGGUUGCUCCGGAAUUGCUUGAUAUAUAUUGGGAGAAGAAGCAUAUAACUAAGGGGACACUGGUUCCAUGAAAUGGCACAGGGUACCAAAUAAUUCGUUUGUCCCUCUUUCAUUUAAGGUUGUCAUUCUGUUUUUUGUGUGUCUCAACUUUUAGCUGCUAAUUCUUUUGAACUGUAUGGUGUAUCGAUGGAGAAUGCCUACCAUUUUUUUGUGAAACCAUGGGAGAAUGUCCAUUGUUUCAUAUUCUCCCUUUAAGUUGGUUCUUUAUUCGUAGGCUUCCUGUACACCUUGCCUUGAGGUUUAAUGUUUAUUUGAAAGCAUGGCCUAUAUGAUCCCUGAUUGUAGGCUUAAUAUGAUCAAAUAGUUAAGUUGCUUA